AUGGGUGAUGUGCAGAAGGGGCUGCUCUCCGUCAUCCAGAAGCUGAAGGGUUCGUCGGAGCAGGAGCUCCGCAUCGUCCUGCUGGGGCUGGACAACGCGGGGAAGACGACACUGCUGAAGCGCCUGGCAUCGGAGGAGGUCAGCACCAUCACCCCCACUCAGGGUUUCAACAUAAAGAGCGUCCACUCGCACGGUUUGAAGCUGAAUGUCUGGGAUAUCGGGGGGCAGCGCUCCAUCCGCCCGUACUGGAAGAAGUAUCUGGGCAGCACAGACCUGCUGAUUUACGUCAUUGACAGUGCUGACCAGAAGCGUUUCGAGGAGACAGGGCAGGAGCUGGCAGAGCUCACGGAGGAGGAGUCCCUCACAGGGGUCCCGCUGCUGGUGUUUGCCAACAAGCAGGACCUGGUGACUGCAGCCCCUGCAGAUGAAAUCGCAGAAGGGCUGAACCUCCACACCUACCGGGACCGGGAGUGGCAGAUCCAGGCCUGCUCAGCCCUGUCUGGGGAAGGAGUGCAGGAUGGGAUGAACUGGAUUUCUAGUCAGAUCAUGAACAGAAAGAAGUGAGAGCUGCGAAGUGCCA